CUUGACAUGUCUAUCCUCAUAGGUCCAGAACUCGCCUCCCUGUCUCGUAAAGAGUGUUGAAAGUUCCCUCGUUCCCCAAACUCAGGUUAGGGUCAUGGUGCAGUUUAGGACCGCAGUUGUACUCGGCGGAAUAGAGAACGCGUGAUCCAUUCAGAUCAACGCUUGGUUCCUUCCCGCAUAUAAGGUAUCUCAAGGACUGCGUCGCAUUCAUCUGCAUGUGUCUCCCACUUAACUGUCUCACUGAGUAGUCAGUUCAACAUCAUCCGGACCAGUGCAAUACCUUGAACAUAUUUAGUCAAUAACAUGGCCGAGUCCAAAGACCCCUCCGUCGAAGCCUCCAAAUCCCCUCCCUCCCCUCCCCCCCCCAAAACUUCACCCUCCUCCAACCACGCAGACGACGACAACGCCAUCCUCCCACCAGGCGAAAUCGACCCGGUCUACGAGAAAAAAGCAAAGCUCCUCAAUCGCGCCAUCCAAGAGAUAGGCUUCGGCGCCUACCAGUACCAAUUAACAGCCGUCAUCGCCUUCGGUUGGGCCUCGGACAACCUGUGGCCCAUUGUAACGUCCCUCAUCCUCCCCCCACUAGCCGCCGAGUUUCGCCCAACCUACCCGCCCUUACUCACGCUAGCCCAAAACAUUGGUCUAUUGGCAGGCGCCCUGUUCUGGGGCUUCGGGUGCGACGUGUUCGGCCGGCGGUGGGCGUUCAACUUGACGCUGGGCCUGACAGCCGUGUUUGGGCUGGCGGCGGCGGGCGCGCCCAAUUUCGCGGCCGCGGGCGUGUUCGCGGCGCUGUGGAGUUUCGGGGUGGGCGGGAACUUGCCGGUUGACUCGGCCAUUUAUCUUGAGUUCUUGCCUGCCACCCACCAGUAUCUGCUGACGGUGCUUUCGGUGGCGUGGGCAAUCGCGCAGGUGGUGGCGACGCUGGUUGCUUGGCCUCUGUUGGGUGGGUUGACGUGCCAAGAGGGGGACGAGCAAUGUGAGAAGGGGGAGAAUAUGGGGUGGCGGUGGUUUCUGAUUGCUAUGGGCGGGUUGACCAUGGCGAUGUUUUUGCUGCGGUUUGGCGCCUUUACAAUCUAUGAGUCGCCCAAGUACUUGAUGGGGAAGGGGAGGGAUGAGGAUGCGGUAAGGAUUGUGCGUGAAGUGGCGAGGAGGAAUGGGAAGACAACGGGCUUGACGGUGGAGGAUUUGAAGGCAUGCGAGCCGGAUGGGUAUGUGCGCCAGGCUAAGGUGGCAGAUGCGGUCAAGAGGAAGCUGGAGGAUGUCAAGUUUGAGAGGGUGAGGACGCUGUUCGGUACCAGGAAGCUUGCGCUGUCGACAGGCCUGAUCAUGGUGGUUUGGGCAUUCAUCGGGUUGGGAUACCCACUCUACAACGCCUUCUUGCCGUACAUUCAGGCGACGCGCGGCGCUGACUUUGGGGAUGGGUCGACAUACCUGACGUACCGAAACUCGCUCAUCAUCGCCGUGCUCGGAGUCCCCGGCGCCUUGAUCGGUGGACUGCUGGUCGAGCUGCCUCGGUUUGGAAGGAAGGGCACGCUCGCCCUCUCCACCAUUCUGACCGGUGUGUUCCUGUACGCCUCGACGACAGCUCUCGACUCGCAGUCACUCCUCGGCUGGAACUGCGCCUUCAGCUUCACCAGCAAUGUCAUGUAUGCCGUGCUGUAUUCUUUUACUCCCGAGCUGUUCCCGACGCCGCAGAGGGGCACGGGGAAUGCCCUGACAGCGACAUCUAACCGCAUCUUUGGCAUCAUGGCGCCCAUCGUGGCCAUGUUUGCUGACCUCCAGACUGCUGCGCCCGUGUACACCAGCGGAGCCUUGUUCAUUGCUGCCGGUCUUCUGGUUUUUGUGCUGCCGUUCGAGUCGAGGGGUAAGGCGGCCUUGUAGGUAGGCGAUUUCCGUACUGGAGCCGCACAGCGCAGUCAUUCUAGCGCAACUCUCAUCGGAGGAGCGUAACUGGCGGACAGCACCGCAAUUGGGUAAUUCUUCAUGACCAUAAAGCUCUAUGAGCCGCGCUCGGAUGGCUGCAUCAGGCCGGGUUCUGCUAAUGGAAUUUGUGUUGCCAGUGCCCCUU